CACUACCUAAUUUAGCAAUCAUAGGUUUCCGAUGACUACCGCACUAACUCUUGGACUUCAGUUACAGCUGACCUAGACGGCUUGGCUGCCGUUGCUCAUGCCGCUUGCGCCGUUGGUGCAGCCUUUUUGCGAAGACGACCGUGGUGAUGGGAAAUCUUCUUUUUCGGUCGAUGACACGGAAUACUCUGGAAAUUUGAAGAAUGAGGAGAAACUAACGGAAAUUUGUGUUGAAGACCUAGCACAGAAACGGGACCGUGUCGAUCCGAAUGAUUUCGAGUUACUCAGAGUGCUUGGUCAGGGGUCAUUUGGAAAGGUUUUUCUUGUUCGAAAAACAAGUGGAGCUGACAAAGGAGUGCUCUAUGCCAUGAAAGUUUUGAAGAAAGCUGUUCUUAAGAUGAGGGACAGAGUUCGAACCAAAAUGGAACGAGAUAUUCUAACCCAAAUAAAGCAUCCAUUCGUUGUCAACCUGCAGUACGCAUUCCAAACUGAAGGAAAAGUCUAUCUUAUCCUUGACUUUGUACGUGGUGGGGAUCUGUUUACUCGUUUAGCCAAAGAGUACAUGUUUACAGAAGAAGAUGUGAAGUUCUAUCUUGCUGAGCUUGCUCUUGCUCUUGAGCACUUGCAUCAGCACGGUAUUGUUUAUCGCGAUUUAAAACCUGAAAACAUUCUGUUAAACGAAGACGGCCACAUACGCCUGACCGAUUUUGGACUUUCAAAAGAGUCUGUAUUUGACCAUGUUGGAGAGAAGACCUUCUCAUUUUGUGGUACGGUCGAGUAUAUGGCACCUGAGGUGAUCAGCCGACAUGGGCACGGAACCGCAGCUGAUUGGUGGAGUUUCGGCGUGUUGAUGUACGAAAUGCUUACCGGGACACUUCCAUUUCAAGCCGAGCAUCGGAAUGACACCAUGCAGCUCAUUUUGAAAGCGAAACUCGCUAUGCCUCCUUACUUCAGUCCGGAUGCACAGAGCUUGCUUCGUGCUCUCUUCAAGCGGACUCCUCGCAAUCGUCUGGGCUACGGCCCUAAUGGAUUCCGAGAGCUGAUGCAGCACCCAUUCUUCGCCUCGAUCAACUGGAACGAUCUGUUGCAUUGUCGCGUACAGCCCCCUUUCAUUCCUCCGUGCUCUCGAUUAGACGAAGCGUCCAAUUUCGAUUCCCAGUUCACCUCGAUUCCUCCCUUUGACUCCCCAGGUCUUCCUCCCAGUGCGUCUGCGCACGCUCUGUUCCGAGGCUUCAGCUACAUCGCCCCUGGAUUUGUAUCCAAUUCUAGUCAGCCUUCGAUUAACGGUCAACUGACGAAUACCCGGACUCCGGAACCAGUACCACCGUGUGGCGAGUGCGCCAACGAGAGCACCGAUGAGAAUGCGCCCGAGCUAGAACACGGUCGCGCAUUUCCUGCACCGGUACCGGACGAUUUGCCUCCUCUCACCCCGACUGCCGCGAAGUACGUGUACCGACUAACGGGCCUGCCUGGCGUGAAAAUCACUGACUUCUUCGUCGAUUACAAGGUUACCACAGAGGUUGGUCGCGGUUCAUUCGCGGUGGUGUAUCAGUGCGUCCACCGAUGUACCAACGCCGUCUACUCCGUAAAGGUGAUUGACAAGAGCAAGCGGGACGUGCGGGAGGAGGUGGAAAUCCUGUUGCGGUUGCAUAACCAUCCGAACAUUGUGUCUCUGCGCGAUGUCUAUGAGAAUGGGACCCUGGUCUAUUUAGUUAUGGAGUAUCUGGAAGGCGGAGAGUUAUUAGACAGGAUUUAUCGUCUGAAACACUUUUCCGAACGUGAGGCUAGCGCCAUUAUCGAAGUGCUGGCGAGCACUUUGCACUAUCUGCAUCAGAGCAUGAUUGUCCACCGGGAUUUGAAGCCGUCCAACAUCAUGUAUGCACAUCGUGGCGGUCUGCCCUCGUCGCUUCGCAUUUGUGAUUUCGGUUUUGCCAAGCAACUGAAGGCGGAGAACGGAUUGCUCAUGACUCCCUGCUAUACGGCCAAUUUCGUCGCUCCAGAGGUUCUCAAAAUGCAAGGCUACCAUGCGGCAUGCGAUGUGUGGAGCUUGGGUGUUCUGAUGUACAGUCUGUUGUCCGGACAGACGCCGUUCGCCGCGAAACCGGACGACUCACCCACCGUUAUCUUGUCCCGCAUCGAAUCCGGUGAACUCAACUUGUCCGGUGGACCUUGGGAUACGACUUCGGAGUCUGCCAAGGAUUUAUUGAGGCUUAUGCUAAAUCCAGAACCUUCAAAACGCUGCUCUGCUGCGGAAGUGUUACAGCACCCGUGGGUAGCAGAUCGAUCGAAUUUGUCCCCGGAACUCCUCAUCAGCGUCAAUUUGCAGAGUCCGAAGUUGAUCAAGUUGCCAUACUGCACAGUUUAGUUUCGCGCAUGUCUGUUCACUUUUCUGUUGUUUGCUUGCCUCUUCAUUCGUCCUCUCUCUGUUCGUGUAUCUGCGCGUAGGACACUGUCGACGCUACAUUCCGCGCUUUGAGAACCACUCCGAUGCCUGUGUUGGAGCCUGUCGAGGCAUCCAGCUUGGCCAAACGACGCAGUCGUUCGAAAAAAUCAUCAAUCAGCCGGUGACUCUUGAGCCUUUUUGACUGUGAUUGUGUUCCUUUUUUCUCGAAAUCUGUAUAUGUUUGUUCAUUCUUUUUUCGCUUUUCUCUCACCAUUCUUUUUAUGCUUUUUACCUCAUCGCUUUCUUUUCUUGACUGUUGCACACGUUUUCUACAUGUCCACUUUCGUCUCCACUGUGUCUGUUGACUUUCGCCCUUUUAUCGUGAUGUUGAUGCGAUCCCACUAUUGACACAUUUUUAUCUCUGCAGCAGCGCCUUGAGAUCAUCUCCUUAUAUUUUACUUCAGAUGGUAUCAUUUUUAUUCAAUUUCAAUGUAUCUGACGACGCCGUGAUCUCAUUACACACUUUUCUU